UCCAUAUUCCAUAGCCACUACCUUCUUCAACCUCUCUUUUAGCCAAACUCUCAUGGCUUCUUCUUCGUUUCACAUUAGGAGAUACCAUGUCUUUCCAAGUUUCCACGGUCCAGAUGUCCGCAGAGGAUUUCUCAGUCAUUUACACAAUCACUUUACAAGCAAGGGAAUCACGACGUUCAAGGAUCAGGAGAUCGAGAGAGGCCAGACGAUCGGACCUGAGCUCGUACAAGCGAUUAGAGAAUCGAGAAUCUCGGUUGUGGUGCUCUCGAAGAGUUACGGUUCUUCAAGCUGGUGUUUAGAUGAAUUGGUUGAAAUCUUGAGAUGCAAAGAAGAUCAGGGGCAGAUUGUGAUGACUAUUUUUUACGAAAUCGACACGUCUGAUGUACGGAAACAGAGCGGUGAUUUCGGAAGAGAUUUCAAGAGAACUUGUGAAGGGAAGACUGAGGAAGUGAAGCAGAGAUGGAUCCAAGCUUUGGCACAUGUAGCAACCAUAGCUGGGGAACACUUACUAAACUGGGAUAAUGAAGCGGCUAUGGUCCAAAAGUUUGCCACGGAUGUUUCGAACAAACUGAAUCUUACAUUGUCAAGGGAUUUUGACGGCAUGGUAGGGAUGGAAACUCACUUGAGAAAAUUGAACUCUUUGUUAUGCCUUGAGUGCGAUGAAGUGAAGAUGAUUGGCAUUUGGGGUCCUGCGGGAAUUGGUAAAACUACCAUUGCUAGAACUUUGUUCAACCAACUCUCUACCAGUUUUAGAUUUAUAUGUUUUAUGGGGAAUCUCAAGGGAAAAUAUAAGAGCGUAGUGGGUAUGGAUGAUUAUGAUUCAAAGUUGUGUUUGCAAAACCAACUUCUGUCUAAGAUUUUGGGCCAAAGGGAUAUGAGGGUACAUAAUUUAGGUGCGAUAAAAGAAUGGCUACAAGAUCAAAGAGUACUUAUCAUUCUUGAUGAUGUAGAUGAUAUAGAGAAACUAGAGGCCUUGGCUAAAGAACCUUCUUGGUUUGGUUCCGGAAGUCGGAUUAUCGUUACCACAGAAGAUAAAAAGAUUUUGAAGGCACAUUGGGUCGACAGGUUUUACCUUGUGGAUUUUCCAUCCGAGGAAGAAGCUCUUGAGAUCUUAUGUCUAUCUGCUUUCAAACAAAGCACUGUACGAGAUGGUUUUAUGGAGCUUGCAAAUAAAAUAGUUGAGUUUUGCGGUUAUCUUCCAUUAGGCCUUUCUGUUGUGGGUUCAUCUUUGCGUGGGGAGAGCAAGCACGAGUGGGAACUUCAGUUAUCUAGGAUUGGAACAAGUCUUGAUAGAAAAAUUGAAGACGUACUAAGAGUGGGAUAUGACAAAUUGUCGAAGAAAGAUCAAUCUCUCUUUCUUCACAUUGCAUGCUUCUUUAACAGUAAGAAGUUUGAUCAUGUGACUACCUUGCUAGCUGACAGUAACUUGGAUGUAAGUAAUGGUUUGAAGACCCUUGUGGAGAAAUCUCUGAUCUCUAUCUGCUGGUGGAUAGAGAUGCAUCGUUUACUUGAACAAUUGGGUAGACAAAUAGUUAUUGAACAGUCUGACGAGCCGGGCAAGCGUCAGUUUUUAGUAGAGGCUGAAGAGAUUCGUGAUGUACUGGAAAAUGAAACAGGUACUGGAUCUGUCAUAGGUAUAUCAUUUGAUAUGUCCAAAAAUGUCAAGUUAUCUAUAAGCAAGCGAGCUUUUGAAGGAAUGCGUAAUCUGAAGUUCUUAAGAUUUUAUAAGGCUGACUUUUGUCCUGGAAAUGUUAGUUUGCGUAUACUAGAAGACAUAGAUUAUCUACCUCGUCUAAGGUUACUGGAUUGGUAUGCAUACCCAGGAAAACGUCUUCCUCCAACAUUUCAGCCAGAAUAUCUCAUCGAGCUCCAUAUGAAAUUCAGCAAGCUUGAGAAGCUCUGGGAAGGAAUCCAGCCCCUUAAAAAUCUUAAGGAGAUAGAUUUGAGUUUUUCCUAUAAGUUGAAAGAAAUCCCUGAUCUUUCGAAUGCUUCUAAACUCAAGAUAUUGACACUUAGUUACUGCACAAGUUUGGUGAAGCUUCCCUCUUCUAUUUCCAACCUACAAAAACUAAAAAAGCUGAAUGUGUCAUCAUGCGAAAAGCUAAAGGUAAUUCCAACCAACAUCAACUUAGCGUCUCUCGAGGAAGUCGACAUGAGUUUUUGCUCGCUAUUGAGAAGUUUUCCGGAUAUAUCUAGGAACAUCAAGAAGCUCAAUGUAGUAAGUACUCAAAUAGAAAAGGGUUCUCCAUCAUCAUUCAGACGCUUGUCUUGUCUUGAAGAGCUUUUUAUAGGCGGUAGAAGCCUCGAGAGAUUAACACAUGUCCCAGUAAGUUUAAAAAAGUUAGACAUAAGCCAUAGUGGUAUAGAGAAGAUUCCAGACUGCGUUCUAGGCCUUCAACAGCUACAAUCUCUUAUUGUUGAAAGCUGCACAAAACUUGUGUCACUUACGAGUCUCCCACCUUCGCUUGUGUCCCUAAAUGCAAAAAAUUGUGUAUCACUCGAGAGAGUGUGUUGCUCUUUCCAAGAUCCAAUCAAGGAUCUCAGGUUCUACAACUGUUUGAAACUGGAUGAAGAAGCAAGGCGAGCAAUCAUACACCAAAGAGGUGACUGGGAUGUAUGCUUACCCGGUAAAGAAGUACCUGCGGAGUUCACUCACAAAGCUAUAGGAAACUCCAUAACCACCCCUCUGGUUGGUGCACGUUCAAGAUUUGAGGCUUGCCUCUUGCUUCCGCCAACCAAAGUGCAUGCGUAUCUUGUUAUAACUUGCUGUAUAAGAAGCAAAGGCGGUGUCCAGAUUAACGAAUUUGUAUGUGGGCCAUGGCCAUCACCACAAUGGCCUGAAUUUGUAACAGAACAUCUGCUCAUAUUUCGCGGUGAAUUGUAUAAAGAAAAGAGAUCCCCUGAAGUGGAUGGGACUAUGAGCGAGAUUCUGUUUGAAUUCAGCUGCGAUGGAAGCCAGCAAGUUAUGGAAUGCGGUGUGCAUAUCUUGAGGGAUGAAGCUGCGAGUAGUAGUGAAAUAUCGAUGGAGGAAGCUGAGGAUAGCAGCAGCAGCAGCAAAAUGGACAACUUUGAAACUGAGAGCAGUAGCAACCGUGUGGACUAUUACGAAAGUGGAGGCAACAGCAACCACUACACAGAUGGAGAUGGAAAUAGAGACUACAAAGCAGAAGCUUCUAAGGUCUCUCAAGUUGAAAGCACCAAAACCAGUAAACAUACAGGAUGUUGGAGUUGGUUUACGAAGCAUGGUCUGAGAAAGAAGAAGUUGAAUAAGACAGAGCAGACUUCUUGUAAAAUCUCAUGAGACCAAACCAGUCAAAGUAGAGAAUCCCUAAUUUGUGGCACCAUCUCCGCUGCCUCGUUGCAAGAACAAUCUCGGCAAGCGAAGGGAUCACGACGAUUAAUGAUCGGACCUGCGAUUAGAGAAUCGAGUGUCUCGAUUUUGGUGCUCCCGAAGAAGUACGCUUCUUCCCGCUGGUGCUUAGAUGAGUUGGUCGAAAUCGUCAAGUGCAAAGAAGGUUUGGGGCUGAUAGUGAUGACAGUUUUUCAAUGGAUUUCUACGGCAUGGUGCAACUGCAAAGAGCUCACUCUUGAGAAAAAUGUGAAGUCUUUGUUAUGUAGAUGGUUGGAAUUUUUUUGGCGUCCUGCAGGAAUUGGUGCCACUACCAUUUUCGAUUAUAAAUGCUUAAUGGGGAAACUCCAGGGAAGUUAUAAGAUCAUAGUUGGUGUUGAUGUCUAUGAUUCCAACUUGUGUUUACAAAGUUCACUUCUGUUAACCUAAGGGACAUGGCUACAAUAUCAAAGACUGCCUUAUCAUUCUUGAUGAUGUAGCGCAGUUAGAGGUAGUUUGCUAAAGAACCAUUUUUGUUUGGUCAGAAUGUCUCGUCGAAAUCAGUCUGCAAAUGAGCAAUCCCAGAGAAACUCUGGGAAGGAAUCUAGCCCCUUAAGGAGAUAGAUUUUGGAUCCAGUAAGUUGAAAAAAGUCCAGAUCUUUCAAAGGCUACUGAUCUAAAAGCAUUGAAUACUUAUGCAAUGCAAAAAGAUUGAUGGUGUCUGGGUGCCAAAGGCUAAAAUUUGUUCCAACUAAUUAGCAUCCCUUGAGUCAGUCUGCAUGAGUCAUUUCUCACAACUGAGACCUUUUCCGGAUAUUUCAAGAAACAGAGAUAGAAGAAGUUCCGCCAUCAAGUUUUGGACAUUGGUCUCGCCUUGAAUGGUUCUCUAUAGACGGAAGUAACCUUAAGAGUUUAGCAUGUGUCCGGGGAGUGUAAGAUAUCUUUAACUAAGCAGUAGUCACAUAGAGGAGUAGCAGCAAAGUUGGCUACUAUGAUAUUGUAGGUAGCAGCAACCACAAUAGCAUGGAGAUGGUGAAUAUGAACCUGACGCUGUUCAGAUCUCUCGAGGUGUAAAUGUUGAAAGCAAUAAGCAUAAACGCUCUGUAGCUCUCGGAUCUGGUCUGAUGAAGAAGAAAAAGAAGAUGAUUAUAAAAGAUUUCAUGUUGCGUUAGUUUGCUUGUUAUGGGGAUUAUACAGAUCCAACGGAUUACGGAUUUGUAUCAUUUGUCAAGGAAAAAGAGUCUGUUGCAAGUUGAAAAACAGUCUUGGUUUUUCCUGGAAAAUUCAAAACCAAUUAAGUUUCUUGAACUCCAUGAGUACAUGACUACCAGCUGAGAUAUUUGAUUUACCUCCUCGGAAAAAUGCCAGAUUAUUGAGUGCUGUGUAUCUAGAGGAUUUGGAGACAAUGAUGUUCGAGGAGAUUAGUUCUGUGCUAGCAAAUAAUCGAAGUAUUGAAUCAUUUGAUAUGUACCAAGUCGAGAAGUUGUGUAUAAGUGAGGGUGCUUUUGAAGGAAUGUGUAAUCUCUGAUUCCUCAGAAUAUUUAGUGGAAAAGCUAUAUUGUAGAUACCAACUAAAGAAUUUGGAAUAUCUGCCUCGAUGUCUAGGUAGAUAUUCUACAUUGUGGAUAUGGAAUACUACAUUGGGAUCAAUACCCAAGAAAAGAUGCAAUACAGCGAGCUCCGUGACCGUAAGCUCUGGGGAGGAAUCCAGCUGCUGAAAUCUCAACAAAGAGAUUUGGGCAGUUCCUCGUCUAAAAAAAACACAGCAUCGACACAUGCAGAAAAUUCGUUUGUCACUGCAUUGUAGCAACUGAAUGGGUUUACCGGUGCGCAUCCCUACUUCAUUUACAUAACUACAUGAAACUCCUUAACCAUUAACCAUUAGCAUGGCUGAUUGCGACAAAGAAGAAUCAGGAGGUUUGUCGGUAACAAGUAACAACAAUAAUCAAGUCGAGACCACGGCUAUGAGGAAGUUUCAUGUCCAGUGCUUGUCAUCAUACAAAGACUAAAAAAUCAACCAAUCAGCAUUCAAAAAUCUGUGAAAGUUUCCCCCCGAUGUCUUUAGUGUUUAUAUAAGUAAAUUAGAACUCUUUUAUCCUCCGAAGAGCGUUUCAAAAUCAGUGCAAGUCUGUAAAAUAUUCUUCAACUUCUCUUUA